CGUCUGCAGCCGCCCCGGGGGAUGGCGGGGAGAGAGGCUGGCCGCUUCAGAAGCGGGAGCGGUGGUGGGCGGGGGCGCUCCGCCGAAUCCGACCCGCUCCGGUUCUUUGGGGUUCCGUCCGGAGAAGCCUCGCGGCGGGCUCGCGCCAGCCUCUCCUCCCCGCCCCCGUUCUGCUGAUGGGCAGCUUCCUCCCCGCUGCGCUGGGCGAGGGGUGGGUCCGGGGCGGGAAGAGACCCAGGCCCUGCUGGGCUGGGAGCAGGCGAGCCCGGACGGGGACUUUCUCCCCUUGAAAGCGGGGCGGCGGGCAGAGAGGAGCGCCAGGAAGGGAGGGACUCUCCUCCUCGCACGGUCCCAGCCAGCGCGAAGCAACUUUCUUAGCCGUGCAAGUGCUCGGACUCUGCAAGCCGAGCUUCUCGCAGCCUAACGGAGGCGCCUCUUCGCGCAUUCAGGGAGCGAGACGUAUUUUAUUUCGCAAUAUUUAUAUAGCGCUUGGUUGCAAGAAAGCCGCGAAGCGCUUCUCGGCACCCGGCCAUUAUAAUGAGGGCUGGCGGGUAAGAAGCGAAGUGGCGGAAAGGAGCAGGACAAGACCCCGAUCAGCGCCGCUGCCGCCGCCUUCUGAUAUUCCUUUGACUCUUCUGGGGAGGAGGAGGAGGAUGGCGGCCGCCUCAGAGAACUGAGUCUCGGGAGAGCGAAGAGCGGGGAUCUCUUUCUGACAAUGGCCGACCGAGAUGGAGAGGUGAGGUGGGAUGGGCUGUGCAGCAGGGAGCGCAGCGCCAGAGACAGCGCCAUGGAGAGCAUAAGGCAGGCGGUCCUGAAGAAGAGCGAGGCGGUGGCUCCGGCCAAAGAAGCCGCGUCUCCUCCGGCGUCGCCGGCGGCGGAAGGGCUCUCGCCGCCUCCCAGCGGGGCUCGUGGCGGGCUGAACGAAAUGCUCGCCCGCCUGCUGAUGCUGUCCAAGAGGUGCCCCUUCCGAGACGUGAGGGAGAAGAGCGAAGCCAUCCUGAUGAGCGUUCAGGAACUUGGAAUUAGGAUCCCUAGACCACUGGGACAAGGACCAAGCAGAUUCAUCCCAGAGAUGGAGAUUAUCCAAGUGAGCGCUGAAGAUACCCACAUGCAUGCUUUGUUUGCAGAGUCUUUCACCACUUUAGGGCAUUUGGACAACAUUGCCUUGGUGAUGGUUUUCCACCCACAGUACCUGGAGAGCUUUUUAAAAACUCAGCAUUAUCUGUUGCAGAUGGAUGGCCCACUGCCUCUUCACUAUCGACACUACAUUGGUAUCAUGGCUGCAGCUAGGCACCAGUGCUCCUACUUGGUUAAUGUCCAUGUCAAUUGCUUUCUUCAUGUUGGGGGAGACCCUAAGUGGUUGAAUGGUCUAGAGAAUGCACCUCAAAAACUGCAGAAUUUGGGUGAAUUGAAUAAAAUCUUGGCACACAGACCAUGGCUCAUUACCAAAGAACAUAUUGAACAACUUCUAAAGACUGAAGAACAUAGCUGGUCCCUGGCAGAACUGAUCCAUGCUGUAGUUCUCCUUACACAUUAUCAUUCGCUUGCGUCCUUCACAUUUGGCUGUGGAAUCAACCCAGAAAUUCACUGUGAUGGUGGUCACACGUUCAGGCCACCUUCUGUCAGUGGCUACUGCAUUUGUGAUAUCGCAAAUGGAAAUCAUGGUGUGUAUGAGACGCAGGGCCCAGCUGCAAAUAUUGCUACCACCGAGCCUUUCUGUGAAGUAGAAGCACUUAUGGAAAAACUGAAGCAACUACAGGAAUGCAGAGAUGAUGUUAAAGCCAGUCAAGAAGAAAAGGCCACUCGUUUUGAGAAGGAAAAGAGAGAAAGCAUGUUGGUGUGUUGCUCAGAAGAUGAAGAAUCUGUGCCAACAAGAGAUGUGUCUCGCCACUUUGAGGAUACUAGCUAUGGCUAUAAAGAUUUCUCCAGACAUGGAAUGCAAGUACCUACGUUCCAUGUUCAGGACUAUUCAUGGGAAGACCAUGGCUAUUCAUUGGUAAAUCGUCUCUAUCCAGAUGUGGGGCAGUUGAUAGAUGAGAAGUUUCAGAUUGCAUACAACCUGACUUACAACACAAUGGCUAUGCAUAAAGAUGUGGAUACCUCAAUGCUCAGGCGGGCAAUCUGGAAUUAUAUCCAUUGUAUGUUUGGAAUAAGAUAUGAUGACUAUGACUAUGGUGAAAUUAACCAGCUACUGGACCGCAGUUUUAAAAUUUACAUCAAAACUGUGGUGUGUGCUCCUGAGAAGACCACAAACAGAAUGUAUGAUAGCUUUUGGAGACAGUUCAAACACUCUGAGAAGAGCAUUCAAAAAGAAGACUAUACAUACAAACAACUGGUAAAGCCAGCAAGGACAAGAUUGCCAAGAGUGGGACAGGUGGUGGUGAACAGCAGCUUUGGGGUUUUUUUAAAGCUUCCUACAUUUUGGAUGUCUUCAUUUGCUACUCUCUGAAUAGCUAACCCACUGAACAAAAAUAAUCUAGCUUUAACAAAAUGUGAACUGAGAUAUGAAGGAAGGCAAGUUGGGGUUGGAACAGUGGCAGCUAGUUAAAGGGAGCUUGCCCUCGUAACAGAGCAACUUUUGUUUUUCCUGGAAGCUCACACGCAAACCAUGAAGUCAACAACCCUUCAAGAAUCUGGUAUUCAGAGGUAUACUUCCUUCCAUGGAAGAAAACAAUCAUGGCUGGCAAUAAUUUCAGCAGUGAAUUCUACACCCUAUAUGCUGUGUGAUGACAUACUUCCUCUUGACUGUUCUGAAUCUGCUGCCAACUGAUUUCAUUACAUGACCCUAAUAUGAAGAGAAAAGGAUAAAAAGUCUCUCUAUGCACUUUCUCCAUCCCAUUCAUAAACUUAUAAUCCUUUCUCAUAUAGUUAUCUUUUCCAAAAAUAGAAAAUUCCCAAUAAUACUCCAGCCUUUCCUUGUAGAGAACAUGCUCCAAUGCUUUCAUUGUUUCAGCUGGUCUUUUCUGUAUUGUCCCUGGCUCUGCUAAGUUGUUAGUUAUAUCAACAAUAUUGUUCUCUUGGAGUUGCAUCUCCUCUUCUACAGAGUGAUGACCACAAUAGUAAUGAUAAUCUUGGUUAAUUCAACAUUAAAAUCCCUCCAAAUUGUAAACUUUCUACAAAGCACAAGACAAGCAAAAGUGGGGUUGUUUUGAUGAGAACUUUACCAAUGACUCCCACUGCUAGACUUACAUAAAUGCCCUUUGCAAAGUGAUCUGCAUGUCCCCUCUACUCUUGUCAAUAGUCAAACUCCAAUUUCCAUGUUUCAUCAUCAUCCAUACUGGAACAAGAGCUUUUUCAUCGGCUAUUGCUGCUGUACGGAACAUCUAUCUUGCAUCUCUUUGCUUCACUGAUUCUCUAUCCCUUUUCUAAUCUCCUCUGAAAAUUGCCUCUCUGCUAGCUUGCUUUUGCCUCUUAAAUAAUAGAAUAGGGCAUAAAGACAUUUGAUUCCAUUCCUUUAUCACUUUUCCCCCAACUUGCCAAAAGCAUAGAAAGUAGUCACAAGAAUUAAACUUUUUUUUUUUUGCCUUCCCUUGCUGAAGUACUACUAUUUUCUCAUAGUGACCCCAUGAUUACUAUACACUACAGUCCAACACCACCAUAUUGUUUGUGUGCAUAACAGGUGAGAUAGAUAACUGUAAGAGCAUCAAACAGCACUUCCUAUAAGCUUGCUCUGGAUCCCUUUUAGGAUUUCGUUAAUCACUAAAAUAAAGCACAUGUUACUAUAUUUAGCAAAAUAGAGCUUUUUUUAUUUAUGUGGCAGAAUGUUUUGGCUUCCAGAAUACUUUUAUUUUUCCAUAUCUUCAUUAUUUGUAAAGGGAAUCCUUCUAAGAGUAAUACUUCAUUACCUCUUCAUUUUCAAGUGAUCAUAGCAGCUACAAUUGUAUAUGUAAAGAACAGGAAAUAAAACCAGAGACUAAGAUUCAAGAGAUUAGUAAGUAUGUUGAAAUAAGGGGUAUGGCAACUCUAAACAAAUUCAUCUAGGCAACAUGAGCUAGUCAGAGAAGAUAAAUUUGCACUACACUUGAACAAGAUUUGAAUGGAUUUAAAUAAGUGUGGAAUGAUAAACAAAUAGCAGUGAUUGGUAAUGCUUUCCUUUUGAUAUAAGGAAGCUCUAAAUAAAAUAAAGUUGGUGUUUUGUAUUAACAAAUGAUAACCAGUAGAAAUCAAAAUAUCUAAGGGGCAAAGUCAAAAGUGUUUUUAAAAGAUAAUUGUGUGUAUCUUAUACAGGAAUAUAUAAAUUGCUAUCUUUAGUUAUUUUUUAUUUGUUCCUAUAUUUCCUAUUCUUUACCAUAACUUGUGAAGCUCCAACUGUUAUACAUAAAUACACACAUACCUGUUUUCUCCCUAUCAUUGUUUUAUAUUUCAUGCAAGGUCUCAAGACUGGUCCCAAAUCUUAUCUGGUUGAAAUAAAAGUUUAACUCUGACCUGAA